AGUGAAAAGCUUCUGUUGUACGAUACUGUACAAAGUGAACUAGAAGAGAAGAUUAGAAGACUUGAAGAAGACAGGCACAGCAUUGACAUCACCUCAGAAUUAUGGAAUGAUGAGCUACAGUCCAGAAAGAAAAGGAAGGAUCCAUUUAGUCCAGAUAAGAAGAAACCUGUUGUUGUAUCAGGCCCUUAUAUAGUUUAUAUGUUACAAGACCUUGAUAUACUUGAAGACUGGACAACAAUAAGGAAGGCGAUGGCCACACUGGGGCCACACAGAGUAAAGCCAGAACCACCUGUCAAAUUAGAAAAGCAUCUACAUAAUGCUAGAUCUGAAGAAGGAAGACUCUAUUAUGAUGGAGAGUGGUAUGGACGUGGACAGACGAUAUGCAUUGAUAAAAAAGAUGAAUGCCCUACAAGUGCCAUAAUUACAACAAUUAACCAUGAUGAAGUUUGGUUUAAAAGACCAGAUGGAAGCAAGUCCAAGCUGUAUAUUUCUCAGCUACAGAAAGGAAAAUAUUCAAUAAAACAUAACCACAACUGACCAUUGCUAACCAGAUAUGAAACAAGUGGUAUUGCCAUGCUAGAUGUGCCAUGGGCUGAAAGUUGUAUUUAAUAGUGUUGUGUAUUCCCUAUCAAUUUACAGCAGUAUCUGAUGUGUAUUUGUAGUGCUGUAUGUAAACUUCAUAUGGAUGGCCUUCAGAAACCUGAGGAUGUUAAAUCAUGUUGACAGACAUUUUACCUCUAAAUUGGGUCCAGUGCCUAAGAUAUGAAGUAUGCUCUUCAGGUUGAAUGGCUCAGAACUUCUCAUAUUUGU